CGUGUGUGUAAAUUAUGUGUGUGUGUCUUUUUGUGUGUGUGUGUGUGCGUGUGUGUGUUUCUUUCUUUGUUUGUGCGUGUCUCUUUGGUUGUUUUUGUUUCUUUGUAUCUAUGUGUGUGUAGGAUUGUGAGUAAGAUAUUAAUUUAAUAUGGAUUAAAGAGAAACUCUUUUUUCAUAAAAAUAUCAACUCUCAAGUAUCAAGAUGGAUGAAUUUGUUUUGUCGUUUAGUUUCUUGCUUCGUGUAAUUAUAUUUGGUAUCAGGUCUCCCUUGUAGUUCUUCGUGGUAUUCUUUUUAGUUAUUCUCUAUCAAUCUAUCAUCCUUGACACAUUAACAUUUAUAUAACAAACGAACUUUAACUGGGUGAGACUCGUAGUUGGUAUCUUUCGCUCUUUGUGGUUAUCUUCUUAUUGCUUAAUAUCCACGGUAUGCUAUAAGAUAUGAAGUUAUGUUUUUCGUAUGUCAUCAAUUAAAUGUCUCUGCCUAGGCUGACAAUUUACAAUUUCAAGACUGGCAUCUAAAACCCGGUUUUAUGUUUUUGUGUUUUACCUUAUCAUCUUUUUGAUGGACUGUGGUAGUGUUAUAUAUCGCUUUGUAUAUUUUGUAAUGAAGUUAAUUUAAAUAACAUUGGUGUAGAAAAGGAGAUGAGCUUAAGAAUUAUUUUUUAUGACUUGACAGUUAACAAUACUGACACGAAGAAACAUAAUUGGAAGAUCUUUAGGUGGAGUAGCUUGGUCAGAUGGGUUUUAUUCUCCUUGUUCAGGGGCGAUUUUGGAUCCGGGCUUUUGGAUCUUCAUGCUAUGGAUGAUACAGAGCUUUUGUAUGAGGAAGAAUUUAUUCAAUCAGGUAGUCAGAUUGAGCCACCCAGAAUGCACAUGAUUUAUCUUCCAUAUUCUGAUGACAUCAGACUUGUUGAAGAGACACUGCUAAAAGUUUCAUGAAUCUAGAGAAACAUUUGUGUAGUAAGCUGAAAGAAGAACCUGAUAUUCGUGGAAUAAUAUGCACUAGUUUGCGACUUCUAAUUCAGCAAAACAAUAUUUUGGAUUUAGAAACAAGGGUUAUAUGGGUGAGGAUAUGGCCAAAGAACAAGUUCAUUAUUCACAAUAGGUUGCAAGAGACAAUUUAUAUGUGCUGAAAUCAUCUGCAAAGAACUGGUUAAAAGAUAUAUCAGAAGUAUUCCUUAAAUCUACAAAAGAUGAUGGUGGUUGUUUGCAGGUACUAAAAUUUAAAUAAUUAGAAUGGUUUUGCAAUUUACUAUAGAUGAAUAGAAUGUAAAUCUUGCCUAACACAACAUAUAGUUAGAGUUUUCUGUUCUGUAUAUGUUGGUGUUCUCUCUUUUCAUUUUUCUUCCAUGUUUUUUAUUUCCUAGUUGUGAUUGAUAUUAAUCCUUUAUUAUUCACAAAAUAUGUUUUAAGCUUCAUUGUAACUCCAUAUUUGAUACAGAUUUUGUUAUGUAAUGUUCAUUAGAUUAGAUUUACUUAUUAUCUAUAAAUUGGUUGAGAAACUUAUUAUCCUGUGUCAAUCAGUAUGUUGUAGUAGAAAAGAUGCAGACAAUUUAUGUAGAUAGUUGUCAAAGAAAUUGUCAUAAGCUUUUUUUGCUUCAGACACUGUUCUGUAUCUGGAUUAUUGUAUGAAUUCUUUCAUGUGUGUGACUGGACA